GAUGGGGGGCGAGCGAAGCAGCAGUUCGCGUCAUCUUGAUACCAAAGCUCUCGUCUGCGUAGUCAUUAAAAUGGCAUGAGUGGGCAGAAAGCGGGCGAGAUAAGAUGCUGAUAAAGCUGUGCGCCUUUACACUUUGGUGUUUUGGAAUUCCCCCCGAAUGUGUGUUGCCCAAUCGAAGUGUAAUUUGUGUGAACACGCUCUCCAGUAGCAGCUCAAGCUAAUAAUUGUGGCCUUCCUCUAACCUGGCAAGGUUUUGCAAAUGGAUGUGAUCGGCACGCAACCGAUGGAAACGCUCGUCGAGCGGCACGAUCGCCAACAUGCAGUGCAAGAAGUCCGCAUCCCGGUCCCGUUCGGUGAGCUGGCCGGUAAGUGGUGGGGACCACGCGCCGUCCGUCCGAUCGUAUGCCUGCACGGGUGGCAAGAUAAUGCCGGCUCGUUCGACACCCUGAUCCCGCUGCUACCGUCCCACAUGAGCUUCCUGGCGCUGGAUCUGCCCGGACACGGGUACUCAUCACGCAUCCCGGACGGGAUGACCUACCAACCGAUGAACGUCUUCUACCUGCUCAACUUUGUCAUGCGCGAGUACGGGUGGCAAAAAAUCUCGCUCAUGAGCCACUCGAUGGGUUCGGUACUGCACUACGCUUACGCAGCCAUCUUCCCAACCCGCGUCGAUUUCCUCAUCUCGCUCGACGCCCUAAAGCCACAAAUCUUCCGUGACGAGGUGCUCGUUUCGAUGCUGAGCGAGCUGACGCCCGAAUUCUUAAAGGCGGAUCUACGCAAUCAGAAAAAAUCGGAACCACCGUCCUACUCCUACGAAGAAACGGUCGAACGGCUUUUCGAGGGUGCGGUCAAUUCGAUCACGCGUGAAUCUUGUCCAUUUCUGCUGCAACGCAACCUUCGCAAAUCGGCCAAAUUCCCCGACAAGUACUACUUUGCCCGGGAUAGCCGACUAAAGUAUGGUUUUGGGUUUUUGUGGUCACAGGAGGUGAACAAACGGUUAGCGCAGAACCUUACGAUGCCGUUCCUGUUUAUCAAAGCGACCGAAUCACCGUACUGGGAGAAGAAGCGAUACUAUGACGAAGUGGUCGAGAUUCUGGAGCGCAACAAUUCGCGGUUCGAGCUGAAGUAUGUGGAAGGAACGCACCACGUGCAUCUGUCCCAUCCGGAGCGGGUAGCGCCGGUGGUGACGGACUUUCUGAAUCGAUACUGGCAGCAGGAUGAGGAAAUGGCGAGCAAGCUGUAGUGAUGGGGGGAGGAGUUUGGAAGAGUAAGUCACCGGUUUGGGAUUAUUUUUGUACAUUUUAAUUAAUAAAUCAUGGAAGAUAUCCUGUACAGGAUGUUGGGGUGUUAAAAAUUG